AUGACUGACUAUAGUCACUCACUCACUCACAAUGGCGAAAGAAUCAUAUGGGAGACUCAUCAAGUCACUCUAUCUAGAGUUCCUGGAUACGGUUUUGGAAUUGCCGUUUCCGGCGGUCGGGAUAAUCCGCAUUUUGCCAACGGUGAUCCAUCGAUUGCCAUAUCGGACGUUCUCAAAGCGGGACCCGCCGAGGGAAAACUCAUGGUUAACGAUUGCAUCAUAAGUGCAAAUGGGAUAUCCCUGGAAAAUGUCGAAUAUGCGAGAGCCGUACAAGUUUUGAGGGAUUCGGGUCACACGGUCGCGCUCACAGUUCGAAGAAAAAUAAUUCUUCCGGCUCCUCAGCCACACACUCUAAGAGUUCAACUCAAUAAAACUAAAAAAAAAGAUGAUUUCGGUUUAGUCCUCGGUUGUAGGAUUUACGUUCGGGAAUUCACGAGGCAGGACAAGGAAAAUUCCGUUCAAGAAGGUGACGUCCUAUUGAAAAUAAACAAUCACAGCACGGACGGUUUGUCGUUGAAGGAAGCGAGGAAAUUAAUUGAAAACACAAAAGAGAAACUUAGUUUGGUCGUGAAAAGGGAAAGGAGGCCGGGAUCGGGACCGGGACCGGGAUCGGGACAGCAGGAAAAUGCAACGAAUAAUAAUACCAAAGAUUCUCAAGGGAAUUAUCUGGAAAAUUUUUCUGGUGCCAAUUACCCGACACAAAAUUUAUACGUUCAACCACCCACGCGUCACGCUCACCAACAACAUUUCGACGAUAAAAGCAAUUUAGCACCUCGCGGCCGAUCGCGGGGUCCCCUUUUAAACGACGUCAGCCUGAGUCAAUUGGACAGACCCUCGACCCCUCAAAACUCGGCCGGAAAUCAUCAUGCACAUAGCAGGUCGAGGAGCGGUCUCGAAGAACCCCCGAGACCUCCACCGCCAAGAACCGAAGACUAUUACAGCAGUCGGAGGCAAUUGUACGAGGAUGAUUUACUUCGUUCUAAACAUCCUGUGCCCGAUCCACGGUUUAUAUCAUUCCAAAAAGACGGUUCCGUAGGGAUUCGUUUAACUGGAGGAAAUGAAUCUGGAAUAUUUGUUACCGCCGUUCAACCUGGAAGUCCUGCUUCCCUACAAGGACUUCAACCCGGAGAUAAAAUAUUAAAGGUUAAUGACAUGGACAUGAAAGGUGUCACGCGUGAGGAAGCCGUUUUAUUUUUGCUGAGCCUUCAAGACCAAAUUGAUCUCAUUGUACAGCACAGAAUGGACGAAUACGAACAAGUCGUACAAUCUCAAAGGGGAGAUUCAUUUUACGUAAAAGCGCAUUUCAAUUACGAUCAACCGAACAAGGGAGAAAUGUGUUUUAGAAAAGGUGACGUGUUUCGAGUUGUCGACACUUUACACAAUGGCGUCGUAGGAUCGUGGCAAGUUUUUAGAAUAGGUCGAAAUAAUCAAGAAGUUCAAAAGGGAAUAAUUCCGAAUAAGGCAAGAGCUGAAGAAUUGGCGACGGCGCAAUUUAAUGCCACGAAAAAAGAAUUGUCGGCAUCGGAAAGUCGUGGAAGUUUUUUCAGGAGACGACGAAACAGUCACAGACGUUCGAAAUCUCUCAGCAGGGAUCACUGGGACGACGUCGUGUUUUCCGACAGCAUAAGUAAAUUUCCGGCAUACGAAAGAGUUUUCCUUCGUCAUCCGGGAUUUAUAAGGCCGGUCGUGCUUUUCGGUCCCGUCGCGGACAUUGCCAGAGAUAAAAUAUUGAAAGAUUUUCCAGAUAAAUUCACGUCUCCCCAACUCGAUAACAACAUGGAAGAUGCGCCGAAAAGUCAAAAAUCAUCUGGAAUAAUACGUUUGUCGGCCAUAAGGGAAAUCAUGGACAGGGGAAAACACGCUCUGCUGGACAUAACUCCGAACGCCGUGGAUCGUUUGAAUUACGCUCAAUUUUAUCCCAUCGUCAUUUUCCUAAAAGCGGAAACGAAACACGUCAUCAAAGAGCUUAGAUCGGCCGUGUCCAAGGGAUCGCAUAAGAGCAGCAAAAAAUUACUUGAACAAUGUCAAAAAUUGGAAAAAGUUUGGGGUCACACUUUUUCUUGUUUUAUCACGUUGACUAGUCCGGAAUCCUGGUAUAGGAAACUUCGAGAAUUGAUCGAUAAACAACAAACGUCACCGGUUUGGAUGAGCGAGACGAAACCCGAAGAAGCCCUGUCCGAUGACUUCCUAUUUCCAAUGACAUCUCGAUUUUCAUACGCGUCUUCUCCGGAAAGUGACCUAGACCUUUCACCCGAACCGCGUACCGGGUUGCAACAAACGCGUCCAAGGGGACUAGUGAAAAGCUCUAGCGAUCCGAGCAUAGCGACCCAAGACGACAUACCUUCGUACAAUGCUCCGCCGCCCUACGCCCCGCCGAACGGAUACCAGCAAAUCAUACAAGAAUUAGAUUACGGACGGAGUGGCGGUUUGGGAAGAGGAACGGGUGGUGGUGGUGGAGGGGGAGUCGUCGCACCACCGGAUAAACAAAGGGAUAAAUAUCCUCUCACUCCGCCAGAUCGUCAAGCUGCUCCCGAACUUCCGCCGAGAAUCGAUCGGACGAACAAACCUCCGAGAGCGAAUAUAAAUGCUUCGAGGACGGGUCAGGAUAAAUUAUUUGGUAAAGAUGGCGGUCCUCCUUCACCGACGGAUCCUCCCAAUUACAUAAAUGCAACGCCGCACAUGAGAGCUCCAAGUUCUUCGUUGGAAAGACACAAUAACAAUGUCAAAACCCAGAACAGUAACAGUUACGAUUCCAUGUCGUCCUACGAUUCAUAUAAUAAUCGCUUCGGUCCAAAUGCUCACGACGAUUUGAAAUCGAGUAAUAAUAAUAAUAAUAAUAAUCCAUCUCCUCGCUCACACGAUCCGUACAGGUUCACAAGAUCGACAGCUCAACCGUUAUCGAAAGAAGUUAUACCGCCUAGUAAUAAUAAUAAUGGAAAACUUCAAAAUUCGGAUUAUCAGAAAUACAGGGGUCCGGAAUAUGGAAAACCCGCACCUCCUCCGAAAACGGCAAAUCACAAACCCGUACCUCCUCCGAAACCUAAAAAUUACAGGCCGCCACAACAACCGCCAACGGACCAAUCGUGGGGUUCUUCGAAUCAUCAUUCCAGUCAAAAUGACAUGAAUCAUUGGGGUCCACCGGGCGCGACAAGCAAUCACAAUCACGACGGUCAGAGAAGUCAAUGGAGGCAUCCAGCAUCUCCUCCGGGAACCAUGGCUAAAGAUCAUUACCAACACGCAAAAUCUUAUUCUUUAGCCGGCGGAGUAGACGGAAACAAUUAUUCUCAUUCAAUACAUCACAACGGGAAUUUAUCACCUGGAAAAUAUUCCGACGUCGAUAUGAACAACAUGAAAAGUGACAUGAUAUCUCCGACAAUAUCUCCAAAUCGUAAUUCACAAUAUUAUUAUAACAUGAGCCCACAUUCCAGACAUCAGGAUCCGCCGUAUUCGUUAAAUCACAACGGAGGACCCGGACACAAUCGCGAAGUUAGCGGACUCGAUUUGGCAAAUAGAGAACAAAGAGGAAGCGCUUUCGAAUUGUAUAAGAAACCACAUUAUUUGGAACAUAACAUGAGGGAUAGGGGUAUGGUGAAUGGAAAAGGCAAUGGGGGGGUUGUGGCAACGGCUAGAGGGAUAUUCACUCACGAGGGGGGAGUCCUUGAAAAUCAAGAAACGGGAGUGUCCCUUCGUGUCCCUCCCGGUGCCAUACCUCACGGUGUUCAGCAAGAAAUUUACUUCAAAGUCUGCAGGGCGAACGAGGCACAUUUGCCGCCUCUUGACGCCGAUCGAGGUGAAACGCUAUUAAGUCCUUUGGUCAUGUGCGGUCCUCAGGGUUUGAAAUUCGGCAUACCCGUCGAACUUCGUCUUCCACACAGAGCGGCAAACGAUGACAACGAUUGGUCACUCGCACUUCAAGCGGGAUCACCGUCGAAAUGGCAAAAAGUCGUUUUGGACACGGGAAUCGUGGAUUCGAGAAAUUCAAACAGCGUCUCCGUCAUGGUCGAUCAUUUUUAA